GGCGCGUGAGGGCGGUGGUGUCCCAGGGGCGCUCGCCCCGAGUGAGCCAGUCUGGCCGCGGCGAUUGCGCGCUCCGCCUCCCCCGCCCGCCGUGGUGCUGGCUGGUGUCGCUGGCUGCAGUGAUUGGAGUCCUGCUCCCCCCUCCCGCACGCAGAGGGCUCUGGCUGGGCGUCGGGAUUGCGAGCUGUGGCGGCGGAGCCUGCGCCGUGUCCCCUCUGCUCGCGCCCCCGCCUCCACCCCCACCGUCUAGCCGGGCCGUGUGAGGCCAGGAGCCGCUCGCAGGGUGACACGGGGAGCGACCCCCAGCGAAAAGAAUGACGGACCCCUGCGACGGAUUAAUAGAAAUAUGCAUUGCUAUAAUAUCAUAUUGGAAUUGAUGAAGUGGAAAUACAGAUGAAGACAGUCGGAAGAAGAUUUUACAUAAAAUAUAGUCUCAUCCAACUCCCCAACUGAGGAGACAAGUUGGAAUAUUUAUUAAAUCAUCACUGCUGUCAACCACCAAAUCUCAUCAGGCUUCACUGAACAAACCAAGUUUAAAAUUUGUCAAGCAGCAGGGCCAGUUGCUAAGGGUGACAGUGCACGGGAAGGAUUAAAAGUGAACAAUGACUCAACUGAAAGUAUACGUCAGAUUACUGGGAGCCUAUCUGUUCAUCAGUCUUCAUGUUCAAGGGCAAAAUCUAGACAGCAUGCCCCAUGGCACAGGAAUGAAGACAAAUCCUGACCAGAAGAAACAGGCAAAUGGAGUAACAUUGGCUCCAGAGGACACCUUACCUUUUCUACAGUGCUACUGUUCAGGACAUUGUCCCGAUGAUGCUAUUAAUAAUACGUGCAUAACUAACGGGCAUUGCUUUGCCAUUGUUGAAGAAGAUGAACAUGGAGAACCCAUGCUUGCUUCAGGUUGCAUGAAGUAUGAAGGUUCAGAUUUUCAGUGCAAGGAUUCACCAAAAGCACAGCUACGUCGGACAAUUGAAUGCUGUCGAACUGAUUUCUGCAAUCGGGAUCUACAGCCCACACUACCGCCACUUGGUAGUACAGAUGGACUUUUUGAUGGCAGCGUUCGUUGGAUGGCAAUGCUGAUUUUUAUGGCAGUCUGCAUCAUUGUUAUGAUCAUCUUACUUAGCUGCUUUUGUUACAAACAUUACUGUAGAUGGGCAGCAAAGAGACGUUGUUAUAAUCGUGAUCUGGAGCAAGAUGAAGCAUUUAUUCCAGCCGGGGAGUCAUUAAAGGAUCUUAUUGACCAGUCACAGAGUUCUGGCAGUGGAUCAGGACUACCUCUGUUGGUUCAGCGCACUAUUGCCAAACAGAUUCAGAUGGUGCGGCAAGUUGGGAAAGGGCGAUAUGGUGAGGUGUGGAUGGGUAAAUGGCGAGGCGAAAAAGUGGCAGUCAAAGUAUUUUUUACCACUGAGGAAGCCAGUUGGUUCAGAGAAACUGAGAUUUACCAGACUGUUCUAAUGCGUCAUGAAAACAUACUUGGUUUUAUAGCCGCUGAUAUUAAAGGCACAGGCUCCUGGACACAACUUUACUUGAUUACAGAUUACCAUGAAAAUGGAUCCUUGUAUGACUUCCUGAAAUGUGCCACACUUGACAACAGGGCUUUGCUCAAACUGGCUUAUUCUGCUGCAUGUGGUCUGUGCCAUCUACACACAGAAAUUUAUGGGACACAAGGCAAGCCUGCUAUUGCACACAGGGACCUGAAGAGUAAAAAUAUCUUGAUAAAGAAAAAUGGAAGCUGCUGUAUUGCUGACCUGGGUCUUGCAGUCAAAUUUAACAGUGAUACAAAUGAAGUUGAUGUCCCUUUGAAUACUAGAGUGGGAACAAAACGUUACAUGGCCCCAGAAGUCCUAGAUGAAAGCCUAAAUAAAAAUCAUUUCCAACCAUAUAUCAUGGCUGACAUCUACAGUUUUGGCUUGAUCAUUUGGGAAAUGGCUCGGCGUUGUGUCACAGGAGGUAUUGUUGAAGAGUACCAGUUGCCAUAUUAUGACAUGGUGCCGAACGAUCCAUCUUAUGAAGAUAUGAGAGAGGUGGUGUGCGUCAAGCGCCUACGCCCAGUGGUAUCUAACAGAUGGAAUAGCGAUGAAUGUUUAAGAGCAGUGUUGAAGUUAAUGUCUGAAUGCUGGGCCCACAAUCCUGCCUCUAGACUUACAGCCUUGAGGAUCAAGAAGACACUUGCCAAGAUGGUGGAAUCACAAGAUGUAAAGAUUUGACAGAAUAACAUAGUACUGAGGAGCAGAGUUGGACUCCUAAAACUUUUCACCCUGAUAAGGGUGGGAACUAAGUGGGAAGAGGAAGCAACUGAGAUUCAGUCCACUUCCUCAUCUCACUUUUACAGGCUGCUAAUAUUAAAUCUUUCAGUACUUUGUAGAAUAUAAUGCUGAGAGUCUCUGUACACUACAUGCUACAUAUAUGGACAGCCUUGUUUUAAAUAUGUGUAUCAUUUUUGUUUUAAGCUGCAUUGAGACUUCAGUCACGCUUAGUGAGUCUCCAGUGAAACUCUGGGUACUAAAUUGCUUUCUGUGAAAGCCUUAAAAAGCUAAAUGGAUUCAACAAAGAUGGAGAAAUAUAAGCUUUUUGCCUUCAACCUGAUAAAAACCUAGUUGGCUUAUACCAAGUCUUUUUGAAAUAGACUGUAGGUUAGGAAUCUGUUUGAGAUGCUACUCAGUUUAACAGUUCCUAUGCCUUUUAUGGGUCUUUUAUGUGUGUGCCAGAAUUCUUUGGCUGCCAUUUGGGAUAGAUGAUAAUUUAAAUUCACAGAAAGACUUAUGGCCAGGGUCCCAUAUGUUCCCUGAUUACACAGUUUCAGGAUUUGCCACAGAAUUCACCCCUCGACACAGAAUUGUGCUCCAGAAUCUCAAUUUUCAUGUUGAAAUAAUUACAUUUCUGUGCUGUUUUGGUUGCAAAGAGAACCUCGGAAAUGUGAACAGUGUAAACCAAUGUCCAUAUGAGGGCCUGUCUACACGGUGGAGUAAUGCGCACACUAGAGGGGUGUGAUUUCUAAAGUAUACUGACUGAUCCAUGUAGACUCUGCUGGCACACACUACAAGUUUCCUAGGGUGCUUAAUGUACAUGCUGCUUGUUAACAUGCACUAGGAAACAUUUUAGUGUAUGCCAGCAGGGUUGUUGCAGGCCAGUAAGCGUGCAGCACAUGAGUGCACUUUAGAAAUCACGUUUCUCUAGUGUGCCUUGGCCCGCUGUGGAGACAGGCCCUGAGUCUGCAAAGAGCCUGAAACAGUGACUGAGAGGUGUGAUCUGCCUCAAUCAUCUCACUUGGGGCCCAGUAUGCUCCAUGAUUGUGUGGUUGUGGAAUUUGGCUUUUUCAGGGUACCACCGAAGUCAUCAUUUUUGCUGUAGACUUCACCAUUUUGCAGCAACCACACCUUUGGCUUUCUGUUUUGUUUCUCUACCCUGCUGGGACCUGUCUGCAGCUGCUUCAUGCUUUGCAUCUUUCCCCAUGAGAGGGAAUUAAAUGGAUUGCACUGCAUGCUCCUUUCACUAUUCUACAGAACCAGGCAGGAAGGGGAGGUCUGAGAGCCACAGCUGGAGUCCAGUUUGCAGCUAGGGCCCACUCCCAGAAGUGCAGGCUGGGCAGCUAGGAAACUGAGAGAAUACAGUGUCAUCCAAGGCCUGGGGAACUGAAAUGAACCGCUGAAGCUGACUGGCAUGCAUGAGGCAGGCAAAGGAGAUUCUGAGCUAGAUCACCCUGACAGCAUCGUUACUGUCUAAGAGCUGGGCCAUCUAGAGGACACAUUGAAAAAAUAUAAUCAAAUACUAUCAUUCCUGAAAAUCAUCAUUGACUAAUUGUAAAUCAGUGAGUAUUUUCAACUGAAUCGGACGUGUGUUGUUGGGUAUGGGAGAAAUGGGAUUGAAAGGUGUUUUAAUGGAGGUACAAUAAAUUAACAUUGCUGCAGGAUUUGGUAUGGGGUUCCUGUAUAAUAUGCAGUGCUGUGCAUACGAUUCUGUACUGCAGCAGCUAGCUAGUUACAUGAAAGCCAUUUGGCUUGCACAGGAAAUUAAAUUUCUGCUCCUUUUUUUUGUUGACCAAGACAGGUUGAUAUAAAAGGCCAAAAAAUCUAAAAUGAUUACUGUAAAGUCGGGCCAUUAGUUAUAUUCCAUUACUUUUGUCACUGUUCGUUUGAAGUCAGAAAAAGCACCAUAACUCAAAUUUAAACUCUCAGUGCUUUGAAUCUUCUGGAGAUUAAAAACACAGUAUUGGAACAGUUCAGUUAAACCUAAUUUAAGUGCCUCUAACCUUGUACUGUAAACCUUGUUCUAGAUCAUUUUAAAAAGGGAAGGUAUUUAUAUAGUGUGUAAUGUGCUCUAUUUUAAAACACCUGGUCAUAGGUACAUGUGUGCACACAUGCUAUAGCCCAGAUUUGGAGGGUGGGGAAUUAGGAAUAAUGUUGAAAUUGUUCAGACGUAGCGAUUUCAUAUUAAGAUUUUUGAUAAAUUAUCUGUCAUCUUAAAAUGGGUACAUGGAGACUGCUUUGAAAUUGUGUUAAAAUGUCUUUUGAAAAUACAAUAGAAAAUAUAGCUUAAUGAAGUUCCAAUAUGCAUUUGUGAACAACUGCACAUAACUAUCUACUAUUGGGUUUUUUCACUUCUGUUCCAUAGUUUGCAAAAAAAAGUAAGUGGUCAGGCAAAAGACUGCAGUAUUUUUUAUUUUCUGUUGUGAUGUACAGCCUUUAUUUAACAAUGCUACAUAUUUUAUAGAAAACUAGUUAUCUCAAGGGACAUUUCUUUUUAAAAAUAAAGUUAUUACUUUUUGUUCAUUAAAGCCUUUAAGUAUUAAUAUGUAUUCUGGUUGAACAAUUCAUGGGUGUGUCAAGUAUAAUUUUAACUUAUUUGAAGACAGUGGUAGACAAUAGUGUGCCACAAUUCUGAUGAAAAAAAGGGCUUUAAAUUUUUUUUCCAUCCACUGCCAAGAAAGAUAUAAGAUGAGGCUGAAGUUGUUAAGCAUGUCUUUGUGCAUUAGUUUGCUUAGUACUCCUGAGGGAAUUCUGUGCCAAAAAAUGAAAAAUUCUGCACACAAUAUUUUAAAGUUCUGCAAAAUUCUGCAUAUUUUAUUUGUUAAUAUAACUCAAUAUAAUCACACUGGUUUCAAUUAUUUUGGAAAUUUAUUUAAACUACAAUACAAUGGAUGGAGAAUGGGAGAGGGGAGCAUUGCAGGAAAUCCCCAAGCCCCCUCUGUCUAGUAGUAAUGUAGCUAGUAUUUACCCUUUACUUCUAGUUAUUAAUCAACAAAUAUAUGCAGUCAUAUGCUAAGUGUCAUAUCAUAGGCAAUUGAAGAGCAAGUGAGGGCUCAGACUCACAGUUUAUAUUGGCUACUGACCAUCUCCAGGAAGAUCAGUAGAAAUCAGUUCAUGGAGAUCAUUUUGAUGGGAAAAUUUUUCAGUCAAAAAAUUUAGAUCAAUUCUGAUCACUAAAGCACCAUAAGCAUUUAUAAGGCCAUACUGUCCUUUACAAUAAGGCUUCUUUACACCACUUUGGGAAUAUAAAGGAGCCUUAAUUUUUUUACACCUGUUUUAUACUCCUGGGGAAUUUACUAAGAACAAUAGGAACAAUUCACUAAGCAAGCAGGCUGCUACAUUCUACUCUGCCUGUGGGGACAGAGCCUGCUCCACAUCUACCUUCUCAGAAACACCCCCAAAGCCCUGCCCCUUCACACUGAGCUAUCCACAAUAGCGUCGAGAGGGACAAAGUGUCUCUUUCUCUCUCACACAUGACUGCCCAGCCCUCUCGCCCCGGCUUAUGUCUGAUUUACGAAUCUACCGGCUUCUCUGGGCACUCAGACUAACCUGCCUGCACUGCUGGGGAGGGGCGUGUGACCGCUCUUGCGAUUUCCCUUUGCUUUCCCGUCAGAAGUCAUUUUUCUGUGGGGAAGCAAAGAAAUCUGUAGGGGCCAUGAAUUCUGUGCAUGUGCAGUGUUGCAGAAUUCCCCCAAGAGUAGCACAGGUAGUUAGAAAAUAUUUGGAAUGAGUAAUGAAAUCAAUAAUUUAGAAUAAGCUGCUUCCACCCACCCAUCGCCCUGGGUUUUUAACAAUAAAAAAGAAAAUGUUUAUGCACAUGUCCCAUAAGCUUGCUCUUUCAGAACAUGGAGGUUUUUUUAAUUUAAUCCAUUCCUAUAUUGCAGUGGUUCCCAAACUUGUUCCGCCACUUGUGCAGGGAAAGCCCCUGGCGGGCCUGGCCGGUUUGUUUACCUUCCGCGUCCACAGGUUGGGCCGAUCGCGGCUCCCAGUGGCUGCGGUUCGCUGCUCCAGGAAUCAAUUUCUGUUGAAUCUGCGGACAUGGCAGGCAAACAAACAGGCCUGGCCCGCCAGGGGCUUUCCCUGCACAAGCGGCGGAACAAGUUUGGGAACCACUGCUAUAUUGGAAUAUUUGUAUUCAUCUCAUAAAGUGCCAUUUGAAUUAUACAUCUUUAUUAGCUAUGAUUUAUUUGCUGACACUUAAUCUUGAUGUGUUUUUCUGAAGUCUUUAAGGAAAACAGUUGGUGGUAGUCUAAAUAAAUCAACAGAAAUGUAAAAAUGAAACACCAUUUUUAAUUAUUCAUUGAUUUCCACCCACCCCAAAUAUUUAUUGCUGAAGUUUUUGCAAGGCAAAAUGUUGGUGAUACUGAAGGUAUGUCUACAUUGCAAUUAGAUACCUGUGGCUGGCCCAUGCCAGAUGACUUGCGCUCCCGGGGCUCAGGCUAAGGGGCUGUUUAAUUGCAGUAUAGAGGUUUGUGCUUGGGCUGCAGUCUGAGCUCAGGGACCCUCCUACCUCGCAGGGUCCUAGAGCCCAGGUGCCAGCCUGAGCCUGAAUGUCUACACUGCAGUUAAACAGCUCCUCAGCCUGAGGCCUGGUCUACACUGGGGGAGGGGGUUCGAAC